GCGGGAAGGAAGGAAGGAGAGAAGGAAGAAAAGGAAACGGAUGAGGAAUCAGGGUGGAAAAAGGAAGUGUUACGCCGCGUUCCGUCCAGUUAGAUCUGGCCUAGGUUGACCAAGCCAUCCAGAGUGGCGAUGUGUCGUAGAGUGGGAGGUGUCCCUGCUGAUCAGGGGUGUCGGAAGAGGGUGCACGGGGACGCAUGCGCACCCUUCCUUGGCACAGGGAGGGAUGCUUGGCGAGCGAGCGAGACGGAGAUACGACCGGUUCUAAAACCUCUGGAAAAGGAUAGCCAUGUAUAUGUAAUGGACGAAACGUAAUGGAGAAGACAGGGAAAAAACGAAACGAGAGAGAUAAAAGAAAAAGGAUCCAAAGGAUACGGUCGAAAUACGAAUAACGUAGAAUACGAAUCGAGUCGAGGUUGAACGGAGAGGGCUCGAGUGUAGGGGAUAAAAAUGAGGAAGAGACGGACAGACAGAGAGAGAGUUAACGAUAGCUAGAACAGGAGGGAUGAAGAGCGGCCGAGGUCUGCCUCGUCUAGGCAGCUCCGAGAGUCUACUCCCACCUAGCUCUCCUCUUCCUUGCUCGCUUUCUCUCUCUCCUCUUUCAGUGUUCGUUCGAACACGGCCCGGUACGGUUCUGUCGCUCCGCGCUCGAAGGAUUCUCUUCGUGAUGGGAGCUCGCUGCCGCGGUGGUGUCGGCAGGUUCCCUCGGUAGCCGAUUCCCCGACCACCCAUCCAUGUCGCACGUCCCGUCAGGGUGACGGUCCGUAUAAUCGGCACACGUAAAUAUAUAUAUAUACACACGCAUACACGCGCGUAUAUAUACGGAGAUAAACAUCCGAGAGGAGAAGGGGGGGACUUGGAAACGCGGAAACGGAGGAAGAGGGUGAAAAGUGCGUGUCGUGGAGAGAGAGAGAGAAAGUGCGCGGUAUCGGGAGAGAUAAAAGUGAAUGAGAGUAACGGUGAGGAGAAGCUGCGAACUCGUCAAGUUAUAUUCUUAUCGAUGAGGAAACGGUGGUGAGAAGAUCGCACGAGGAAGACGCGGGUUCGUGUCGUGCGUUUUCGUUUGAAAGGAGAAAGAAGGAAGAAAAGAAGAGGGAACAAUCAUCGAGGAUAAAAGAAAAAAAGAUCCGUGUAAUUUGAUAAUUGAAAAAUCGAGAUUGUUUCUCGCCGAGAUAUUCGAUUCUUUGGAGUUGUUGGGAAAUAAUAAAAGGGGGUUGAGAAGGACAAUUGGAUCUUUCCACGUUGUUAACUCGCUCGGGUGAGAAGUGGAAAAAUCUCGGGAAAAGGAAAAGAUGCCGGGAAAUUAUUCGACUCGUUGCGAGCCAGGCCUGGUUGUGCCGGUAUGGAGGCCGCAGGAGAAUCUCAAUCUUUCGGACAUAAUCUUCCGCGGCUUCGUGUAUUUCUCCCUGCUCCUGUACCUGUUCAUCGGCGUGUCGAUCAUCAGCGAUCGUUUCAUGGCUGCGAUCGAGGUGAUCACCUCGAAGGAGAAGGAGUUGGUCGUUCGCCGGCAGGGUAAAGAGCCCCAGAUCGUCGUGGUUAGGGUAUGGAACGAGACGGUGGCGAACUUGACGUUGAUGGCGUUGGGGAGCAGCGCGCCAGAGAUCCUUUUGUCGAUCAUCGAGAUCUGGGCGAAGAACUUCGAGGCCGGUGAACUGGGGCCGGGCACGAUCGUUGGCUCGGCCGCUUACAACCUCUUCGUCAUCAUCUCGCUGUGCGUGUUCGUGAUCCCGAACGGGGAGACGAGGAAGAUCAAACAUUUGAGAGUUUUCUUCGUGACAGCCACGUGGAGCAUCUUCGCUUACGUGUGGCUCUACUUGAUCCUCGCUGUCUCGAGCCCGGGCGUGCUCGAAGUUUGGGAGGGUAUACUCACCUUCUCCUUCUUCCCUGCAACCGUGCUCACGGCCUACGUGGCCGAUCGCCGCCUCCUCAUCUACAAGUACCUGCACAAGGGUUACAGGAUGAACAAGAGGGGUGUGAUCGUGCAGGCCGAGGCGGGCGACUCGGACGGCGGGGUGGAGCUCGAAAUCAAGCCGCAGCAGGACAGUUUUCACAACAUGAUGGACGCCGACACGCCCGAGGCGAAGGAAUUCGAGCAGACGAGGAGGGACUACAUCAACACUUUGAGAGAGUUGAGGAAGAAGUAUCCUGCCCUGCCGUUGGAACAGUUGGAAGUGAUGGCCCACGAGGAGGUGCUCGGCAAAGGGCCGAAGAGCAGGGCGUUCUACAGGGUGCAAGCCACGAGGAAGAUGGUCGGCGCGGGGAAUCUGAGCAAGAAGAUCAGCGAGAGGGCGCAGAGCGACCUGAGCGAGGUGAAGGCCGAGCUUCAGAAGCAGGAAGCCGAGAGCAUCGAGAUCGAGAACGUGAACGCGAUGAGAAUCUUCUUCGAGCCUGGCCACUAUACCGUGAUGGAGAACGUAGGCAGUUUCGAGGUGGGAGUGACGAGAGCCGGCGGUGACCUGAGCAAACCGUGCACCGUCGACUAUUGUACCGAGGAUGGGUCAGCCGAGGCUGGCUCCGAUUACAUCAGCGCCAAGGGCACCCUCACCUUCGACUCGGGCGAGACUAAGAAGACCAUCAAGCUGUCCGUCAUCGAUGACGAGUUGUUCGAAGAGGACGAGCAUUUCUACGUUAGAUUGAGCAACGCGUCCCAGCCAGCCAUGCUAGUCUCGCCUAGUUUAGCGACCGUGAUGAUACUCGACGACGAUCACAGCGGCGUGUUCGGGUUCCCCGAAAGGGAUAUGGAGCUGGUGGAGAGCGUUGGCCAGUAUCCUUUGCGAGUGAUGAGAUACAGCGGGGCGAGGGGGCGCGUGGUCGUCCCUUAUCGCACCAUCGAGGGUACAGCUAAGCCUGGAAAGCAGUACAUGCAUACAGAGAGCUCCCUCACCUUCGAGGACAAUCAGACCGAAAAAGAGAUCACGUUGGAGAUCAUCGAGGAGGAUUCGUACGAGAAGGAUGCCCUGUUCUACGUCGAGCUGGGCGAGCCACAGUUACAAGGGGCGAGUCUGUACGAUCUGUUUUCAGCCGAGGCAGGGAUCGCAGUAGCGGCGGAAAUGAAGCAGCCGGAGGAGCGGACCGCCGAGGAAAAAAUGGCGUUGCUCGGGAAACCGAAGUUGGGCGAGGUGUUCAGGGCACAGAUACGGAUCAAAGAGUCGAAGGAGUUCAAGAAUACCGUGGACAAACUGGUGCAAAGGGCCAACGCUUCCAUACUGCUUGGCACCAGUUCCUGGAAGGAACAGUUCACGGAGGCAUUGACGGUGAGCGGCGGCGACGAGGACGACGAGGGCGGCGGGGAACCAGCGGCGCCGUCCACCUUGGACUAUCUGAUGCACGGCGUGACGAUAUUGUGGAAAGUGUUGUUCGCGUUCGUUCCGCCCACGGAUAUCGCCGGUGGUUACCUGUGCUUCGUUGUCAGCAUAUUCGGGAUCGGUGUGGUGACGGCGGUAAUAGGAGACGUGGCAUCCUACUUUGGCUGCACCCUGGGCAUCAAGGACUCGGUUACCGCGGUUGCCUUCGUCGCCCUCGGCACCAGCAUCCCCGACACGUUCGCGAGCAAGGUGGCCGCAUGCCAGGACAAAUACGCCGACGCGAGCGUGGGGAACGUGACCGGAAGUAACGCGGUGAACGUCUUCCUGGGGAUCGGCGUUGCAUGGAGCAUCGCGGCCAUUUACCAUGCGUUGCACGGUGACAAGUUUAGAGUAAAACCUGGCAACUUAGCCUUCUGCGUGACGCUGUUCUGCACUGAAGCGUGCCUGGUAAUAUUAGUUCUACUACUGAGGCGGACGAAAAGCAUUGGCGGCGAACUCGGCGGGCCAUUCGUCCCAAAAGUGAUCACGUCGCUGAUCCUUUUUUUCCUCUGGGUGUUCUACCUCAUUAUGUCGAUCCUCGAGGCCUACGGCUAUAUCGAGGGCUUCUAAAAGGAGCCCGUUCAGCGGCAGCAAACGUCGGCCUACACCCGCUCCGCGUGUAUCUUAAAAACUCGUCGCGUCCGCCAAGGCGUGUGCUCAACGAAACGUUCUCUCGGACAAAAAGGAAGUGGAAUCGAAGGGGUGCGAUUUCGCUGGCGAACGAACACUCUGUGCCGGGAAACUACUGGCGGUAGCUUUCGCCCUCCCGCAUCCGGGAUUGAUUUAACAACGAACGUGAUCGCGUGACGUUAUUGAAAUUGCGUGCAUGUGCGUAGAGGUACCUGAGGGAGUGAGAAUGAGCGAGAGAGAGAGAGAGAGAGCGUGAGAACGUGUAAAACUGGGAACGAGAAGCGAGCAAGAAAUUGGAGGGAAGAAAAAAACGAAAAGAAACGAGGAGAGGACAAGAGCGAACGAAGAAGGGGAGAGAAGCUUACGUGUGCGAGGAAGUAAAGUGAGUUUGCCUUAAAAUAUAAUUUAACGGAUAGAUCGAAUGGUUAUGUAGGUGACAAAAAUGAAAAAAAAAAAAAGAAAAGAAAAAUGGAAAAAGAAAAAAAAAAAAAAAAGAAACGUGUUCUAAUCUCCCGUGAAUCACGGUUGUUAUCAAAUAUAUUGAUGAUGAAAAAUACAGAAGGAUAUAUAUUAUAUAUAUAUAUAUACACAUACACAGACAGACAGACACACGUAUGUAUAAAAUAGCGUAUUUAUUUAAUCGUUCGAUGAACAGGACAGACACACGUACAUACAUACACAAACACAAGUUUCUAUGGUAUUUUAGUAGCGGAUUGUAUUGCCAUUCCUCUUUCGCCAGAGAACGAUGUCGCUAAUUUUAUAUAAACGUAUAUUAUCAUAUACGAUACUACUUUUAAAAGAGAGAGAGAGAAAAAAAAAGGAAAAAGAAAAAAAAACACGAUCCUCCUCGAUGCUUUCGCGAUCCUACGACAAGUUUUCGAGCGUUUUCGUACGCAUUGUGUUAUCACAUAUACACACAUAUAUAUAUAUAUAUUAUAUGAAAAGAGGUCGUAGUCGAUUUCCAUCGCAAAAAAAAUUCCAAGUCGCGAUCUUGACGAAGGGAUAUUUACUUAUUAGGGGAAUAAAUAAGACGAGGAUACGUAUAUAUAUAGAUAAGAGCAAGGCGGUGUGUACAGGUGGAAGCGCGAAAUCGUAUUUACAUCCCCCAGCGAAGGGUAGGAAAAUUUUCGAAAAGAGAUAAUAAAACGUUUAUUUAGAAAUCGCGAAAAUUCCAAAUAUUCGAAAUACGAGACUUUCUUUUCGAUUCUACGACUUGUGAAUUUGAUCAAGAGAAUUUUUCCUCUCGUUUAUUUUAUCCAGUUAUUCUAAUGAAUUGAAUCUUGACAAGUGAAAAAAAAAUUGUUAACGCGCGAUCUCGAUAAUAAUAAGCCUUGCUCGCCGCGAUAAUUGCUUAGAUAACUCACUAACACGAUGAAACAUGUUUGCUAUUUAUUAAGAGUAAUUAGAUAGUGCGACGAAAAAAAAUAAAUAAAUAAAUAAAUAUAUUUCAAUGCGCUCGCGGCUAAAAUGGCGGCCUUCGUUCGAAUGUUGAAAAUUUUCGUUGGUAUUCACUGCCUUUGAUCGAGGGUCGCUUAAACCGUGAUCAAGUCGUCGAGAGUUUUCGAAAAAAAAAAAAAAAAAAAAAAAGAAGUUUUGAACGGACAUUUGGUAGGGAAAUACGUAGAUAGAAUACACGCACGAUAACAUGCAUCAGGUAUAUAAAAAAAAAAAAAAUGCAAUUCCGAAUAUCGGAGGCUGAUAAAGGUUUAUAGAAGCCUCUGUGUGUAACGAGUAAUAGAAAUUAGCACGCGUUGAGAAUAAAAAAAAAAAAAACAGCUUUUCCGAACUAGCCGGAAGCCUCGUUUUUAAAAAAAAAAAAAAUGAAAAAAGAAAAAAAAGAAAGAAAGAAAGAAAGAACCGUGAUCAAAGUUCAUCAGAAACAUUUAUAUAUAUAUAUAUCUCUAUAGGAAUACUCGGAAGAAUCACAGUGACUUAAUAACGUUCUCAGUGAGAACAUAAUGUUCGAUUAAUUUUAGAGAAAUCGUUGCAAAUACGGCCCCGACCGGGUUGUAUCGUGGUUCUUAAAAAAAAAGAAAGAAAAAGAAAAAAAAAAAAAAAAGAAGGAAAGGAUGGCGUCUUGAAAAAGCUUUAGCCGAAACAUACAGAUCUAAUCGACACUGCAAAGGUUGUAACACCGAUUCAAAUAUUACUUUUCAUCUUUUUCACUCACACAGGGGGGCGAUGAUUAAAAACCUCGGUAGAUUUUUGCCUCGGUAGAUUAGAUAAAGAUCGACGGUGUCGUAAUCCGACAUUCGCCUCUUCCUCUCUAGUCGAUUUAAAUGUAGAAGUCUCGUCGCGACUAAUCCCCGUGGAACGAUAUCCCCAAAAGAUAUCCCCGUUUACGAUCGUUAAAGUUGGCAGACGUGGUUGAUGAACGAUUCAUGCUCCUCCUACGAGAAGCCUUGUGCAUCGGGUCAACCUUCUCCUCGUGUAAUUAAGCAGAAGGAAGAUUAAAAAAGGUCAGAGACGAUCGAAACAACGUUGGCCCCUCCCCCUUCCUAGUGGUUGUAUCCGAGAAAACCUCCCUUCUAACUGUUUCGAGAUUGCUUGCAAGCUUCCCUUUUCAUCCGACGACGUAAUAGAGGCUGCACGGGGAGAAAAUUUCAGAGGAAAAUUCGGAGGAUAGGAUUUCACGCGUAGGGAAGUGAAUCAAUCGGGGCGAUUUUCGAUAUCGUUUACAGGCAGAGAGGCGUAAAGGAAGAACGUAAGGAAAGGCGAAAAAGUGCGGGUAAUCUUCUUCAUGGAUGGCCAAACGGAAGCCGCGUCACGGAAGUCCUGAAUGGACGGUUAUCAAUCCGCGAAAACUGUUUCCUUUUUUGGGGAAAAAAAUCGACGAUAGAGGAAAUUUGUGCGUGAGAAGAGAAACCUGAAUCCAUUACGAUUAUUCUUUUUGUUUUGUGAUAUUCGAGAAAAAAAUUAUUCGCGAGAGAAUAAAAAGGAUUUUCUAUAAAUGAUGUGCAGAUUCGUUCCAAGAUCGUUUAAACUGAUUAUUUAAAUUCGUAUUUUUUUCGAGAUUACAAGUCAAGAUUCUUUGAAAAUUUCCUUCUUUAGGAAUACAUCGAUACAAUAAUAUUCGACGCACAUCGUUGUAUACAUAACCCAGUUUCUACAAAAAUAUUGCAUCUACUCGGAUUACAAGAGAUCGAUCGAUUAAUGCAAACGCACAUAAGACGAUUAGAAUUUUCAAUAAGAAAAAAAUAAUAAUAAUAAUAAUAAAAUUUUAACGAGAUCCUCGUUAAAAAUUGAAAUUGCUAGAAAUUAAAAAAAAAAAGAACUUGGUAAAUAUAAUUAUCCGCAUUGGUUAGUUAGAAAACAAUCGUGGGUCAACACUGACGAAGCAGAUUACAGAUGCCUUCGUUCACGAUUGUUAAUUGAACGAAUCAACUACCUCGGCCUCGUCCUAAUUUGCUUUUAACCAUCCAUUUCGAGGAUCUGUGAACGCGCCUCCGUGAAAAGUAGAUCAAAAAUAAAUCAAAAGCGGAUGAUGCGAAUGCUCCAUCGACGAGUCUCUUCCUUUCCUAGCCUGCCUGCAAACGAUAGUGGUUAAAAUACACGCGAUCUCUCCUAGUCAUUUACGCGAGAUACCAUCGAGGAGCUGCUAUAUCCGCGUGUAUGCCCAUUCACGCAUCCCAGUCACGACCAGGUUUUAUUUCACUCCGUUACCAAAAGCUCCGGGGGGAUUGAUAUUAAAAGCGUAAAGAAAAAACAAGAAAAAGAAGAAAGCGGCGGUGAGAGUUUCGCGUAAACACAGUCGUGAUGUCAGCCAAAGAUCACGAAAGAUAUAAAUACAUACAUAUAUGUAUUUACAAAGAAAAAAAAGGGGAAAAGAAGUAUAUAGUGUACAAGCGUCAUAGAUAUUUUAAUAAGAGAAUACCGUUCAAAGAGAUUUAAUAUAAACUAAUAUAUAUAUAUAUACAUGUAUAAAUAAUAUACAUACAGUAGGACGAUAUAUAGACGACACUCAAUAGCAAAGCGUUGAAGUGAUAAACCGUAAACGGGAUCCGAAACGUUACCAAUUUCUCGAGAUUUUUCUAUCGCUGGACGGAACGAUCGUCACGAUGAUGCGAAAGAGAGAGAGAGAGAGAAAAGAAUCCCUUCGAUCACGAAAAUCGUCGACCGGAGAGAAAAAAAUAAUGAUAAUCAAAGUUCGUUUUUUGUUGAAAACGAGGUGCUUCGUCGCGACCUUCGUGCGUUCCACCGUCUCGAAACGAUGCAUGCACGCGAAAAAUACAUUUUGCUACUGAGUACCUGAGAGAUUCAUUCCCUUCGAUUUGCUUUCAACGAGCAACGUCCCGAAAAACCAAACGUCCGUUGCUUAUUAACCAUCGCACUCUGCAACGUGUAACGUGUUCUUCAACCGCUUUCACUCACGUAUGUGUACACUACUCCAUCGAUGGAAAUAUGGAAAAUAUCGUAUUCUUAAAUCUCCCUUCUAUACUUUGAACCAACCCUUUCGAGAGUUGAGAAGCGAAUCGCGCCUACCGCUGGAAAUCGCGUUUCUCGCGAUUGUGUUGCACCCAAUUCCCUGUUUUGCGGGAUCAGAUCGACGCGAUACACGAAUUCCGAAAUUCGGAAUUUCAAUUUUCCGCGUUGCAAGAUCGAUACGCGGUGUUUUACGACGGUUACAAAGUUGGAACGGAAUUACCGUGGGAGAAGAGAUGGUAAUAGCCGAUUGAUCAGGCAGGCAAAAAGAGUAUCGAAACGCAUAUAUCUCGACGAUCGGAACGUCCGGCGGAAUUAUCGGCGGGAAUUUAUGGAAACGGACGAUCUCUCUUCUUCGUGCAUUUAUUCCAAUUACUACUCUUUCACCCAGCCUCUCGCGCAAGGUCCUUUCAAUCCUGCUAAACGGACCUGCUGCGAAACGAGUUCAAUCGAGUUCAAUGUUUAUGCUACGAAUGAAUUCGCUCCUUUUAUUCGCGGAGCGUCGUUUUUUAAACUAUUCUCUUCCUCGUUUUAUUUCUCUUCUCUUCUCCAAUUUUUUCUUCCUUUCUUUCUUUCUUUUUUUUUUGUAUCAUCAAACGUUACUUUAUGAACAAACGAGUUUGUUGAUUCUGAUGGAAAAAAUUUCGUUACCGAAUUUUCAAUUUUUUUUUUUUUUUUUUCGUGAACGACAGCUCGCGGAUAAAUAUUUCUCACUCGUUUUAGGAUUAAGACGAUGCGGAUUAAAGGGAAUGUUCGAAGUGCCAAUUUAAUUUCGUGUUCUAUUCUAGCAAACGCGAACAACAUCGACACGACUAACUAAUUUUCCGAAUUGAAAUUGAAACCGUGAUAUAAACUGUCCGGAAAAAGAAUUGAUUAAAUGGGGGCGAAGUUAACGAAUAAGUUAAACGAACAUGUCAGAAUCUCACGAAACAAUAACGAAAAAAAAUAAUAAUAAUAAUUGCAAUACUCCCUCGCGGCACUCGACUCCGUUUAAUCGGUGUGCGCAUUUGUUGUUAAAAUACAUAGCUAUAUAUUUAGAAUCGAACGAGAGCGAGCGAAGAAAACGCUCGCUGUUUAAUGGACAUUAUGUUUGCUCGAAUCUAAAACCGUCGUUCCACGUGGCCAGUCCCAAUUCCUAUCAUAGACAUAGCGAAUCAGAUACCAAUUUCAAGAAAUCGUGAGAAAUUCGCGAAAAUUUUUCCUCGAAAGUUUUCACGUACCAUCGAUCGGUAUGGACAAAUAUAUUUCACAAGGGAUGAAAAGUAUUACCGAUCGAGCAAAAAUCUAUAUCUAUACUCUCGUCGAAAGUAAUGUCUCUUUCGACGUCGAUCUCUUACUUUGUCGUAAUAAAGUAAUCCGUGCCAGAGAUGCACGGUGCAUAAAAAAUCGUGCACGAAUUUUAACAGAGAUGUAUCGCAAAAGUGUGUUCGCGUAGGUUGAUUAAUAUCUUUGUUAGGCCAAUGUGUGCAUUUAUACGUUUUGUAUCCUCUAUACACGAUCUCGCGCUCGAUCAAAGAUGAUUAGUUGAAUUAGAGGUUAGGAAGAAAUGUUUUUAGUUUAGAAUUGGCUCUUAUAGAUUAUACGUACGUAUCAGUAUCGAUAGGGUUUAGUUGUUAUUGGAAACAAAGGAACCAAAGUGAUAAAUGCAGAUUCUUGAAACAUAUUACAAGACUUUCGUGAAAAGACUUGAUCGAGUUCUCGACCAAUUUUCAUUCUUCGACUUGUUAAUAACUUUGAGUCAUAUCUAAAACCGUUCGUAGAUUCCGUUCUUGCGACAAUGAAUUAUUAUCCAUCGUUCGAUAUUUUACACAUUUAAGAAAAAUUUUGUUGUUUUCUUAACGACAAUCACGGAUAAGGAUUAAUCAUGUUAGAGUUUAUUACUAUAAUAGGCUGAUUUAACAUCGAUAGCUACCACUUAACUUAUUACGUACUAUAAUUUCAUUACUUGUUGUGAUUUUGAAAAAAAAAAAAAAUGAGAAACAUAUUAUCUAGUCAAUCGUCUAAUUAGCAUUUGUACCUGUGAACAAGGAUAAUAAACUAAGUUCGAUUUAAGUAUAUUGAAAUCGCACGAACAAAGUGGUAGCCAGUUCGUUUCUGGUUAUAAUUCGAUUCUUGUGCAAAUUAUCGCUUUGAAACCAAGGUAUCUGCAUUACCUAGUGAAUUAAAAGAAGAAUAAAAAUUAAACUUCGAGGUCAUACGCACAGCCAGGACCAGUAAGUAAUUUCAAAGUUGAGGAAAAAAUAUAUUUUAAAAAAAUCUCGUCUUUUCUCUAUAGUUUAUUCGGUAUACGCUAGUUUCGACUUUCGUCAAUUGAUUAGUCAACCGUAUACGCGAAACGACCAAUUGUAUUAGAGAGAAUUUUUUUUCGAUUUGGACCAAAAUCGGAACGAACAUUUGGAAAAUCAUUUCUUCGCGCGUGAAAAAAUGUUAUCGAAACGUUAUUAGCCGAACAAGAAAUUCUCAUUAUGCGCUACUUUCGAUUCCUGCAACUUAUAAUAACUCGUAUUUUCUUUCCUAAAUCGUUUUCUUUCGCGAGAAAUAUAAUAACAGAGAUACAGAUUUAUCCACGAAAAAUUUGAAAUCACCAAUCGCGUUCCAAGAAUUGACGAAUUUAAGCAAAAGUUAGGUUAGAAUUUUAUAACCUCAAAAGAUUCUUUCUCGUGAGACAUCUAUUGAUAGCUAAUAGUGUUAGAUUUUAAUUAAUAAUAAGAUUAACGAAGGAUUCGAUAUAAUUACUAAUUGAGAAAAAGUGAUUUCAAAUUUUUUUUAAUCAAUAGUAGUGCGUACAUAUAAACAUGGGGCUGGCCAUGAACAUUCUAUGAAAUACUAAACUAUAUUACUAAAUUUACUAAACUUAUCGAGAUUUCUAUUCAAACUUUACUCUCGCUCGAAAAAAAAAAUCCUAUUAUACUUAUACACUUAUCUCUCUUUCUCCAAUACUAUAUACACUAAGUACGAAAAGAAAAAUAGAAAAAAAAAAAUGUAUUCCUAUCUAUACCUAUUAUACACGAUCUCUAACUCUUCGAUCUAUUGUUCUAUCUUUGUCUUUACACACCGUCUUUACUUGCACGAUAUACGUAGAGAAGGAAGGAAGAAACAUAAAAAAAAAAAAAAAGAUUAAAAUUACUAUUAUUAUUACAAAUACACGUAGGACCAUUUCGGCUCGCUAGAGGAAUUUAUUCUGUCGUGAGAUUCGAAAUCGCGUUAUCGAACGGCCCGACUUGCACGCAACAAUAACAAACGGAAAGAGAAAAGAAAAGAGAGAAGAAAAAGGAUAAAGGAUUCGACACGAGGAUUCGAAACAAACAACGGAACAUCGAUGCAAGAGAGUCGAAUAACUCGGAUAUCUCGCAACACGGUCUCUAUACGUGAUAUAUAAAUAAGAAAAUAGUUGCAGGUAGCAGGAUGGUCGGGCCGUGGAUGUUCCUUAGAAAACAUUUCGAGAACUAAAGUUACACCGUAAGAUAGGGAAAACUUUGUAAAGUAGAUAGCGGAAAGAAGAGACGUAAGUGGGGGGGACGCGGUGAGAGGGGAGGGUGGCCUUUCGAGGAGGGCGCCACUCGAGCUAAUGGAAGAAGAAAACAAAAUGGAUGAAACGGAAGGAGGGAUUCGCAUUGGAUGCGAGUUUUGUAUAUCGUAUAAAACACGUAAUAUAUACAUACACACAUACACACAUACACACGUACACAGAGUACUGCUCGCCAGUAGAGAUUAUUAAACGAUGUAUAUAUGUAUUGUUGCGUUAUUGCCUAACAGUUAAAAAAAGAAACGUAACAGGUGCGUUACGAGACGAUCGAGAGAGAAUUGUACGAGUUGAAAGAAAGAAAAAAAAAAAAAACAACUUUCUUCUUCCUUGCCGUCAGGAGCAUCUGUCCGAUGAUUAGGAUGAGUGUAGAGUAUUAUUCGCCAUAUUAAAUGGUAAUGUUGUAAAUAAGUAAGAUGAAAAAAGUUGCUGAUUUUAUGAGAUUUAACAAGUGUCAUCGAUGCGAGAUCAUCGGGACAAAUCGACAAUCGCUCGAUCAACAACCGGAUGAAUUUCGUCGCGGUUAUCUUUUUUAGUUCCUGUCCGACUGUCGUCGAUAUAUUUACAAAGCACCGGUUAGUUAGUUAGGGUAUAUAUAUAUAUAUAUAUACAUAUAGAACACUGUGAAGAUAUCGAUAAUAUAAUUUUUAGCGAUCAUCGAGCGGGAAACGUUCGUCCGAUGGUCGCAUCAAUGACACAAUGGAAAAAAAAAAAAAUUCGUCGUUUCGUUGACCGUUUCCUCGCAGGUCGCCAAGAGGCCUCGAAUAAUUCUCGCUGUUCGAUCGAUUGUUAAUCGUAAGAUCCACACGUGGUGGACGAGACACGCGUCCCUUUUUAGCACGUAAGGAAUACCGAAGAAUAGAAGUUUAAGCCCGUAGCGAAGAUGAAGAACGGAAAAAAAAAAGAAGAAUCGACAAGUUGAAUGUAAAGCAAAAAAAAAAAAAAAGAAUUGAAAAAGGAGAAAAAAAAAAUGAGUUUACACAGCGAACACUGCAGAAACGAGGAAACAUUCUUCAUUUCAGUGAAACCUGAAACACUUCACACGGAUUUUCUACUCUUCUUUUCACUCUUCUAUCCAUCCGCUAUCUUCGUCGACCUUUUUUUUUAUCCCACUUCUUUUUUUUUCUUUUUAAUCUCUCUCGACUGAGAAAACGAUCGAUCGACGUCAUCACGUCGCCUCGAAUUGUCACAUUUCAAUCUGUAUUUGUAUUAAAUUGACCCAUCGCUCUUACCACGCCUUCUUUCCACGCUUCCUUAUUUUCUUUUUUUUCUCUCCUCUCUCUUAAUUAUCUUAUUCUUCUCGAUUCCGAAAGAACGAUCCUUUCGCUCGCGAAACUUUUCUUUUUUUUUUUAUCUCUCGACCUUUGCGCCGAUUCAACGAAACGUGAUUACGUUUUACGCGAAAAAGAAACGUUCGCAAAGCAUGAUCUGAUCGUAUAUCGGUCGAAGAAUCAAGAAACUGUUUAACCAAUCUAGAGGCAGCCUCGGGAAGGUCGGGACUUAUCGCAUUGCCGCCGAUCGCGCAUACUCUCUUGAAAAGGUUCGAGCGAUUAACGAGAUAACGCGAGAUAAUGAGCGAAAAGUGUUGCGAUCAACGUGCCGAUCAAUGCCACGCGCGCGAUUCGUCUUUCCUUCCCCUCCUUUUUUCCAUUAUUAAAUUGGAGCAAACUAAGUCAUUAUAUACAUUCGAUUGAAUUUUCUUAACAAAAUCCUCGUUUGCGAAUUGAUUAUUAUUUCACGAAUAAUAAUAAUAACGAUUGAGUACUAUUUACCGAUCUUCUAGUCGAUUAUUAUAAAUUAGAGUAAACUAAGUUGGACGUCAUUACACAUUCGAUUGAAUUUUCUUAACGAAACUACAAAAAUCCUCGUUUGCGAAUUGAUUAUUAUUUCACGAAUAAUAAUAAUUGAGUACUAUUUACCGAUCUUCUAGUCAGAUUUCUUAUAGAACGAUAUCAAUCCCGUUUAUCUUUUAGAUUGAAAGCACAGGCAAAGUCAUUUUGGAAUUUUCCACGUGAAAACCGUUAGCGUUAGCGGUAAAAUGGUUUGCGAACAAAGGGUUACGAUAAAGAUGCAAAACGGUUUAUCGAAGAAAAAUUGCGCGUUUCAUCUCUUACGCGAGACAUUAGAGAUACGUUGGAGAGAUAUCUCGAUGGAUUGAAAAAGGUGCACGCGAAAGAGAGGAAACGUGGCGCUUUACCGUUUAUGCGAAAGUAUCGAUCUUUCGGCACGAUUCUUCUGUAACUAUUAUCGAUGAUGCUUUAUCUUUCGUCUUCUAUAAUUCCUAUUGUACAGAGGAGCAAAAGAAAAGAAAAGGAAAGAAAGAAAGAAAGAAAGAGAAAAGGGGAAAAAAAGGGGGACUUCUAAAAAAUAUCGUUGUAAGACGUUAAGCCGUUUUAUGCCUACGCUCAUUAUUAUUGGCAUUAUUAUUAUUAUUAUUAUUAUACUGUCGAUGAUCCGACUUUCGUCGUUCGCAUCCCUUCGAACACAUUUCCCUCUGGAAAAUAAUUCAAAUUCAAAGAAAGAAAACGAAUGGGCGUGCAAACGACGAAAGGAAACGGAUAAACGUGUUAAUUGUUGAUGUACGAUCUCGUUGAGAACCCCUGAGGGAAGAAAAAAAAAAGAGAGAAGAAAAGGAAAAAAAAAACUUUAAAAAAGAAACAGAGCCCGUUGCGAGAACGAGAAGAGAGUCAGAAUGUGAGCGAGAGAAAGAGUGAGAGAGAGAAAGAGAGGGAGAGAAAGAGAGAGAGAGAAAGGGAAAAAAGAUGGUAACCGCUUGCCUUCGAUGCAACGAACGAAAUAUAUAAAUUCCUUUUUAAAAAGCUCGACGAAAAUUAAGAGCCUAUUCGAGAGAUUGCAAGUAGUAGGAUAUUAAAGAAAAAAGAAAAAAAAAAUAUGCAAAGUUAAAAAAAAAGAUAUUUUAGAAAAGACAAACUGUUCUAUUAUAUAUGUAUAUAUACAUAUAUAUAUAUAUACACACACACGAGGAUAAGAUAUAUCUUAUUUAUUUGUCCCGUUAUGUAUAAUAACGAUCAACAAUCGUUGCUUGAUCGCAAGCGGAUCACGCGUGCCGAAACAAACAAACAAACAUUACGCGAUCGACUAAGAAUCAAUUAAUUGUAAUUGAGUCGAAAGUGCAAAAUAUACAGACAUUAAAUGUUAUUUA